CAGUCUUCUUUAUCUAUGGCAGAAGAGUCCCGUCCUUAAUUAAAGUAGUCCAUGCUGUUUAGUAACACCCCAAAUAACACGUGUGUCGUCUGUCUGUAUUUUCUUUAAAAAUCAAAAUGUUUUCUCCAAGAUAUUUACACAUGCAAAGUCGUAUAUAUGUAUCAAGUAAGAAUUUCAACAGUUCAUUUAGUACGUCUUCACGUCCUAUCGCCAAAUUUGACGUGUCUAAUGGCAAAGAUUCAGACAGUCAAACGUCAGAACUUAAUCCGAAAGGAAAGCAUCUUGGAGUUUUCAGUCAUAGUACUGUGAAAUUGCCCGAACAGUUGAAAAAAGCAGUUGAUAAAAUUCUUAGUAGUUGCACAGAUACAAACUUAUCUCAGAAUGCCGAAAUUUUGAAAAAUCAUUUAAUCUUCAAGAAACCCCCAUUAACUGAGACUAAACUUCAAGAAAUAAAAGUUAGAUUCACUGAAAAGUUGUCUGCAGCUCACCCAUCCCCAGAUAACUCGUUUUUAAGUGCUGAAGACGAAAAGAAAAUACAAAAUACUUUAAAAAGUAAAAUACAAAAGGUUGUAAGCCAAAAUACCUACAGAUGGAAACCAGUGAUUUACAACGAAGCAGUUGCUUUGACUUAUCUGGUGGCACGAAUAGCCCCAGAAUAUGCAACAUUAUACCAAAUAUUUCAGGAAAUAUGCAGCCGAGACCAAAAUUUCCAACCACAAACUCUGUUUGAUUUUGGGUCUGGAAUUGGCUCAGCACUAUGGUCAGCCAAGUCAUGUUGGGGUGAUAAGAAAUUUAAAGAAGUCUUCUGUGUUGAUUCUUCUGUUGACAUGAAUAACCUAGCCCUUGCCCUCAUUCAAGGAGGGGUUUGGCCUAAUAAAGCAUCAGAUUUUAACCCAAUAGAUUUGGAUGAGAAAGAAUUUUCAUCUACCAUUAAAGGCCUUUAUUUCCGACAGUUCAUGCCUGCAUCCUCUGCUGUGAAAUAUGAUCUUGUUGUUUGUGCCCAUUCGCUUUUGGAACUCCCUUCAGCAGAGUUACGUUUACAGAUAGCAUUGUCGUUAUGGCGUAAAUCACAAGGUUAUUUGGUAUUUGUAGAGCAUGGAAGUCGAGCGGCUUUUGAGGUGAUAAUGGAAGUUCGCGAUUUUUUACUUAGUUUAUCAGAAGGAAAUAAGGAAUCAAAUCUUCAAGGCUAUGUUUUUGCACCGUGCCCCAACAAAACACGAUGUCCACGGCUAGCUGAAACAACUCCUUGCAACUUUGAAGUUAAAUAUGAGCCCCUUCAAAUAAACCAAAGAAUACAAAAAGAGAGGUAUUCUUAUUUAGUCUUGAAGAAAGGCCAGCGGCCUGAUGAAGACUUGCAAUGGCCUAGAGUAGUCCGGCCUGUUCUCGUUCGAUCUGGUCAUGUAAUAUGCAGACUAUGCACUCAAGAGGGAAAGCUUGAAGAAAUCGUUAUUACUCGAGCAAAAAACAGCAAGUUAGAAAAUCUAAUGGCUCGUCGAACAAAAUGGGGUGAUUUGUUACCUGUUCAACUGUCUCGUCCUGAUACAACAGAAUUAGAGUGUACAUUGGAAGACGAAAAAAACCUUUAAAAUUAAUGGUUUAUUGGUGACUUGGUGAGUCAUGAAACAAAGAAAAGAUUGAUUGCUACUUC